CAACAAAACAAACGUUAUACCGCAGCGUCGCCGUUUGCUGGGUGCCGAGGUGAUAAAAAGCGGCAGGUUUAUGCGUCAAGCGAAACAUUCACGUAUCGGCCGCGCGCUAGUUCCUGAAUUACAACAAGAAUAAACAAAUAAAAAAAAAUAAGAUGAAAACCCUCAUUGUGUUUGGUGCACUCCUCGCCGUGGCAUUGGCCCAUCCUCAACGUGAAGGUGCCGCCUACACCAACGAAGCCAUCCGCCAGGCGCAACAGACCUUCCUCAUACCAAAAGAUGCGCAAAUUCAAAAUGUGCAAGAAGGCAUUGAGCUGGGCGCUUACGAAGCCAUACCCGGCAAUCAACGGAUAAAUCUAUUCGAGAUCCUCGGCGAUCAAGUGCCAUCGGAGGUAAUAAACAAUCUGCAGUCACAAGUCGAUCAAAUUGGUAGGAAUAAGUGAGCACGGCAGACCGUUGUGCGUUCUAAGAAAUGUUAACUAAAUUUUAAUUAAAUUAAUUUUAUUAUUUUCAUGAAAAAAAAAUGCAUUUGUAAUUACUUUUCGUUCAAUUAGUUGUUAUGAAAAAUAUAUUAAAAAAAAAGUGAAAAUA